AUGUUUCCCGAACGUCUGUGUUCAUCCAUCGACUUUACACACCUUAAGACAACCAGCCAUAAACACAAUGACACCCAGGUUUUUCACUUGCUCGGUGCCAGAAUGUGAACGGCCAAGCGUUAGGGGAACUGGUGGUUGUGAUAACUGUAACCGCCAAUUGUGCGUUGCUCACAGGUCUCCUUCUUUCCACAUGUGUAGUGAUGUAAGAGAAAUCGGCCUCCGUUCCAUCUUCUUCGCCGAGACUCAUCAUGGAACUCUAAGGAUCCCUUAUUUACGCGAGAAUUUUGCAGGUCUUAGACGACGCAGCCUGGGAGUCUCAGAUUAUGAGCGAGAUCGAUCGUCUCCGCUCUAUGAUCAACGACGCGGCUGUAUGUAGACACGCGUCCGAACUAAAUGGCGGUAGAAGUUGCCAUAUCGAGCAUUCCUCUAAAGUUGAGCCGGGCGCUCUCAUGGGAUGCGCUAAUUAUCAUGCCCGCAUCCGCUUUCACGACGGUUCUCCCUCCUGGCUCAUGCGAGUUCCGCGGAUUGCGAGCGCCGCUGUUGGUCUUCCAGUCUCGCUAGCAGAUUACCUCGUACGCAGCGAAUACGCUACUUUGAAUUUCCUUGAGACUACUGCAGUGCCAGCGCCGCGAGCUUUUAGUCACGGUAUUGCUAGUGAUGGUACUGACUACGGUGUCGGCGUAAGCUUCCUUCUCAUAGAGGAACUGCCCGGCCGGCCAUGGAUAGGUCAAGGGGUUUCUGGUAAAGACGCUACACGAGAUGAGAAGCUGAAGGUCUGGAAUGCCGUCGCUGAUAUCCUGGCCGAGUUGGAAAAGCACCCGUGGCCAAAGGCAGGGUCUUUGUGCCUUCAAUCAUCCAGCAUCGGCAUUUCGGAAGUAGCGAGUGACAGAUUUGUCGUCCUUACGCCACAAGGUCCAUUUGAUACUGCCCUUUCUUAUUAUACUGCCUUUGCUGAGCAGUAUCUGGCGUUGAUUGCGGAUGAUCAGCUCUAUACGGAGUAUCCUGUAGAUGCGUACUUGGUGUAUCGCUUUCUUAAAGACAAUGCAGUACAGCUGGCCCAAGGAGCCUCGGAAGCACGGGCUCCGGAGAAAUUCUUUCUGAAGCAUGUCGAUGACAAAGGCGACCACAUACUACUCGAUGAGAAUCUCAAUAUCACUGGGGUUAUUGACUGGCAAAUGGCACGUCUUGUGCCUCGACGUGAAGCUUUCGGACCAUCACUUGUCACCGCGGAUAUGAGCGCGUUAUGUCAGGGCGAGGUCUCUCUAAGCGGCGACGAUAUCGCAUUAGCGGAUGCACUGAAGGAGAGGGGAUCGCCUGAGCUAGCGAAUUGUAUGGUUGAUGAAAAAGCGAGGAGAUUUUUCUGGGGCCUGGCCUUGGAGCCUAAGUGGUCAUACGCUCUGCCGUUGGCAAACGCAAUACUAAAGGUCUUCGGGGUCGAUCAAGAAUGGGUGACAUGGAGAGAGGUGGCGUUACGUGACUACGAGACUGACGAGAGGUUGAAAGCCCUUAUUGACCGCACUGAAACUGAGUAAAGACGGAAGUUCCAGUGCACUCUCGGAAGUAAUAUUGAAUAUUUACGGAAACCUCGAAGAAGGGCAAACGUGUCUGCCUAUGUGCUCAGAUUCAAGUAGUAUCCUUCCAUGUAUAUGCCACCUUAGAACAUAGAUCAUUAUUACAUAAAUUUUCUC